AGAAGGCUCAAGCCUCAAGGGUUCGUGCCCACAUGCAAAAUGCUGAUGAUGCAAGCAGCAACUACAACAAGCGACUUUUGGCGGUGGCAACUGGAAGCUGUCUACCGAAAGAGGAAUCCUUACAAGCUGCAUCGAGUGCCAGCAUUGCUUGAGAGACACAAGGGUGAAGAAGCGCUUCUUUACAGAAAGGUGUGCUUGACCUACGAUUUAGACCCCACACAGUUCUAUACUUAUGCGAAAUGGCCGGAAGAUGUCCAACCCAGCGAGCAGCGCCCUGGGCUGGUGAACCGCUUGCUGUCCUUGUUGGGCCUUACCAAGACUGAAGCAGACAACGCUGAGCCAUCGGCACCGGCGCCUUCCUCGCCUUCGACCUGGCGACCCUUUUCGUUUUGCUACCAACCAGGCGCCGACUUGCCAGUUUGCCAAGCUGCAGGCCACCAGGAGGUGGUGCACCAACAAAGAUGUGCGGGCAUUUCUCCCUUUGCACGAAACAUAGCGCAGACGGCUCGAGGCUUUAAGAACUGGAAGCCAGUGAUGCCCGCUGAAGAGAUAGACUUUGAAGAUGAGGGCCAGUCUCAGCUCGGUGGUGAGCUUGAUGAACCGUCCCGAAGGCCUUUGCAACAGAGAUGUCCAACUCGUCCAACUCAAAGCUUUGAGAAUGCCCAGCCUCCCAUGGUGCGUGGACGUCCUUUGCCUGGGGCCAAGAGAGUCCUGCCCUUGGAGGGUGCUUCAGCGGCCGGCGGCCUUGUGGAUGCGAAGCGGAGGAAGCUUUCUUCAGCUUGAGCUCUUGCUGAGUCGAUUCAUCAGUUUAUCCGAAUGUUAACAUCCGUACGAUCUGCGAGGUUUGCUUGCACCUGCACAAGGCGGUUGCAUUCGCAACUCCUUAGCGUUGAAUUCAGAAUUGAGAUGCAUUGAGUGUGUCAUGAUUUGUGCUGUUGGAGUCACCUGUGCUCCGCAGAAAUGUUUGUCAUUUGAAGGUCGCUGGACCUGCAUGCAAAACAGCACGCCAUGAAACAGUCCGCCAUGUGCUUAGGAUUGUUCAACAGCUGUACGACG